AUGAAGAUCCUGGUCGCGGUGAAGCGGGUGGUGGACUACGCCGUCAAGGUGCGCGUGAGGCCCGACCGGACGGGCGUGGAGACGGCUAACAUCAAGAUGUCGAUGAACCCCUUCUGCGAGAUCGCCGUCGAGGAGGCGCUCCGGCUCCGCGAGGCCGGCGCCGCCGCCGAGGUCGUCGCCGCCACCGUCGGCCCCGCCCAGUCCGCCGACACGCUCCGCACCGCGCUCGCCAUGGGCGCCGACCGCGCCGUCCACGUGCUCCACGACCCGGACCCCGCGCGGCCAUUCCUCCCGCUCGCCGUUGCCAAGAUCCUCCGCGCCGUCGCGCUGCAGGAGAAGCCCAGCCUCGUCAUCCUCGGCAAGCAGGCAAUUGAUGAUGAUUGCAACCAAACUGGACAAAUGCUAGCUGGAUUGCUUCAGUGGCCACAAGGAACCUUUGCCUCCAAGGUUAUAUUGGACACAGAAAAACAAAAGGCUACUGUUGAGCAAGAAGUUGAUGGUGGAAUUGAAACCAUCUGCCUUGAUUUGCCAGCAGUGAUCACCACGGAUUUGAGACUUAACCAGCCAAGAUAUGCGACUUUGCCCAACAUAAUGAAGGCAAAAUCCAAAGUUAUUAAGAAAAUCGCCCCUGAAGACCUCGGUGUUGAUAUUAGAUCAGACAUGGAGGUCAUUGAGGUCAAUGAACCACCAAAACGGAAAGCCGGGGUGAUACUUUCAUCUGUCGACGAACUCCUUGACAAGUUGAAAAAUGAAGCACGUGUCUUGUAA